AUGGGUAGCAAACCACAAGAAUUUCUCUUCGUCAAUGGCCCUGCGUUGGUUAGCGGUUCCAACACACAUUCUCGAAGAAUUAGGUCAGCUCUGAUAAGACGGCGUAUCUCUGAAAAGCAAACAACCUAUCGCCAUGAGGAAGCUGCUAAGAGGGAGAAGUUGAUUGACCAGAGAAAGGUACAGGGGGACCAUCAUCGGCAUGCAUUCAAGAAGCUUUGUCCCUGUCGCAGAGAAUUCCAGGGCUCUGGUUCCGACCAAACUCAAAUGGGCCCCCAUAGUAGUCCAACGCUCCUCGUCACUGGCGAUGGGGCUACAGUUUGUGGGACCUGCAGUAGGUUAAUGUCUCUGAACGAUUUGAGGACCAACCAGAAGGCCGAAGAGGCCCCCUCGGCCUUGUCAGCUGUGAGUGGAAGGAUGGACCCAUUCUCCCCACUAGAUGCGAGCUGGGGACCGCAAGUCGACAGCCUAGUGCAUUUCGCUUUGACCUCCAUAUGGCCCGCAUUUCGGCAAUCAAACUAUGCCGGGAUUUGUUAUCAGGCUUGGAUUCAGCAAUCGUCUCGAAAUAAGCUCGUCAUUUAUAGCACCUUGUGGGCCGCGUCCUAUCACAGGGAUAUAUUACAGAUUAGCUACGGUGCUCCUGACCCGGUGUUAGAGACCAAAGAGCAAUUGUACUACAAAGGCCUUGUCCUGAACACUCUACACAGCCAUGUAGCUAACUACACAAAUGAGACUUGGCGUGACAGUGUCAUCAUGUCUGUUCUAUAUCUUGCUGUUAAUGACCACGUCAAGGGAAAAGUAGCGCGAGACGCGAGUCCGUUCACUCCUCCUUUUGUGGGCUUGCAGUCUCUCUCUUUCUACGGUAGCAGGGAGUAUCAUUCUAUGCACUGGACAUUCAUCCAGACCCUUCUAGAUCGCAUUGGAGGGAUCCACACCGUCAGGCUGUACGGACUAGGCUGGCUGCUGUCAAUUGCGGAUUUGAUGUUCGCCGCCCAUUCCUUGACGAAGCCUCGGUAUCCCUUGGUAGACGUACAGGGGAAUUUAUACAACCUCUUUUCGCCGCUACAAGUGUUUGACAUCGCACCAGAACAGCCGUCUCUUCCUGGAUCGGGGUUCCGAGAGCUUUUGUCACUUACACCCCCCGUGAACGAAAAGAUCGCAAACGUUUUUGUACAUCUAGGUGAAUAUUCGAAAGUAAUACAAAUGUUCUCCCAUCGGGAUCUUGAUGCUUCGCCCCUGGACUUAAUUGGAGACGUUCGAAACCAAGUGCACCAUGAUUUGUUUAGCCUACCGGACGAGCAUGGCUUACCUGAUUGCAUUAUCGAUCAACCGGAUGACCCUUGUGAUAGUUCCCACUCUCUCGAGCUCUAUCACGCCUGUAGGCUCUCUGCCCUAUUAUACGCACUCCACGUCACGUUCCCAGUCCCUAAGUCUUCUGCUCUCCGAGCCGUUAUUAUCCCACAGCUUACCGAGAAACUCCAUCAUGUUAGUCAGAAGAUGUCUAGUACACUGCUUCUAUGGUGUACCACAGUGGCUACUAUUGCAGCAGAGAGCAUGGCCCAACGCCAAUCCCUAGUGCAGCUCACCGACAAAGUCCGUCUGGACUUGCAAAUAUAUCAGUUAACUCACGCUGUAAAAAUACUGCAUGUCUUUGCCUGGACAGAUGUCGCAUGCUUAGGUGGGCUUUAUAGACUUUGGGACGAGAUAAUGCGACUUGGCAGAAGAGGUGUCCUGCAAUGA